AUGCUGAAUCUUUUAGAAGAAGACUGUCCAUCAGGAAGUCGCGCAGCCACAUUUCGGCACAUAUUCGGACAAAGCACAGCCCGCGGCGAAUGGUUUGAUUGGGGUGCAGGCCAUGGCUCAUGUUUGGUCGCUAAUCCGAAAUUCAUUGCGGUUGCGCUCGAAGGAGGCGCUGGAGGGCAAAUUUUGGUAGGCACGCUUGAAGACUUUGGCAAGCAUGGUCGUGUUGGGCUGGCAUGGUUGCAGGAUCAUACGAACGCUGUCACGGACAUUAAGUGGAAUGGUUUCAACGACAACGUGCUUGCAAGCGGUUCAGCCGAUUGUUCAGUGAGAAUUUGGCACGUCACUGAUCAGCUGAAG